AUGGCCAGGACUGCACGCGUCUCACGUGUCACAAGUCACUGGUCACUAUCGAAAUGGCUCGGUGGAAGUGUGGCAGCCGCGAGCAAUUCGUUGAAUGGUAUCCAAUUGGGCUGUGAUCCACGGUAUAUCUACGCCCCAGAUCUGAUCAACCAGACCAAAUCGGAAUGGGGUGCAGGACACCGGAACUACGCGCUGGGUGGGUCCACAAGUUCACGUACCGGACGCACUAUGUUAGGGACCGGUCAGUGUGCUCUGUACACCGGGGCAUCGAUGCAGUACACACCGGUGGAUGCGUGUCUGACGCAGGAAGAAGGAGCCUGUCUGUCCGGAUUCAGUGCAGACGUCGAAGCAGGCACCGAGUUCGGAGAAGCUCUGGUCGCGUUAGGUAUGCCUGGUAGCUACCUGACCGAAGGCAACGUGUUCCUGGGUCACUAUCGUGGUCGCGAAUUGCUCAAUGCGGUCCGAUUGAAGAGUUCCCCGGAAGAUUUGAAACACGCCGGUUUCAAUUUGGGCUACGCGGUCAAUCUGGCCCAUUUAGUUCGACGCAGACCGUCGGGGAACAAUGCACACACAACCAGUUCCACCAUUGGCGGGGCCAGUAUUCUGACGUCUAGUUCGAUGUGGAUCGAUAACGAUUACCGAGGCAUAGUGAUGAUUUUGGAUCAAGCUAUGGAUCUGGAUGGGGUGAGUAUGUUUUUUGUUAUGAAAUACGGUUUGAUGAAUAACAAAAUUGUGUGUGUCGAGGGGUGGCGGGGGCGAUGCGCGAGUGAUACACUCGCAGGGAUCUACCCUGUGACCUUGAGGAAGAAAUCCAUGAAUUAG